CGACUAUGUGCUUUUACUAUGGUAGUUUGACUUUCGGUGGUUUAGUUUGAAACAAAUUCACAACGUUGGCGUCGGUAUUUUUUGCCGCUUUCCUGCUGGGCAAACGGGAAACGUUUUAGGGUUUUCCCACGGGCGAGUGUAUGGAAUUUAGUGCGUUUAAGAAGCUUUGCGCAGUUGUUUUAAAUCGGAUUUCGAUGGGAGAUAAUGCAGGAGUUUGUUGGGUGCUUAUGAUCAGACACCACACUAAAAGUGAAGUCCAGCUAAUAUCCUAGACCAAGACCCACCUGUUUUAUCGCGUGUUCCAGGAAAAAUAAAUGUAGCAGGACGAAAUAUUGAUCCGCUGGAAAAUAAUAACAUUUUUCCAGUCCAAGCAAGUCUUUGGCCUACAAACCGUCACGAUGCGUUGAAGGAAAACUUUGAAACUUUUCACGUGUGCCUGUGUUUUUGUUUUUUAAAUGUUUUGUGUUUUGUCUCUUUGUCUGUGAUAUUCGAAUGAUGAUGAUAAAUUGGUGAAAAAAAAUGGCAACAAAUGUGGUGAAACCGUUGUAUUCAACAUGCGUUGCUGUUUUGGGAUUUAUUUGCUUUGUGGUCGGCGCUACUGCUGUGGGAAUACCCAUGUGGGGCUAUUUCGAUACACCAGGAUGGGGAGGGGGAGAUGACAAUGGAUAUUUCGGUCCAUGGAAAACGUGUAAAUUGUUGCUGUAUAAUAGGGAGAGAUGCGAAGAGGGUGUUUCUAGAUUUAAAGCUACAGUUGCUGUUUGGGUAGCUGGAUUGAUAGCUUCAUUCUCAGUGGUGGUACUAGGAAUUUUUUGUUUUCUCAGCAUUCUACAAUUAGCAAUGAUCAGCUCAAAAGAACAAGUAGUUUUAAAGUACAGCGCUACAGUGCUGACUAAAGUUGUGAUGGCUUUUGUAUCAGCUCUUCUAGCAAUUGUAGCAGCCAGUCUAUUCGCAACACAAAUCGACGACGAAAGAAACGGAUUCGAAAUCACGAGAGGGCCAGGGUUUUACAUUGAAGUUCUAUCAAUACUGCUGAAUUCCUCUUUGUUCGUAAUGUCCCUUUACGAUAUGUUUUUUGCCCGGCGAGAAGGCGGCGAUCCUACUACGAUGGCAAUGCCCGUCGAGCCCACCACUUAUGGAAAUCCUGGAUUCCGGGAUCGAGGCACGAACGGUGUAGGAAUAUCCAUGACAGACGCCAGCGGUAAACCGUACACAUCCGCAUCGAACGGUUCGAUGGCUUCGAUGAACACCACGUCGACGACUCUGGGUUCCACGAAUGGUUCGACGGUGGGUUCUUCAAUAGGGACCGCUCGGUCGCCGCUCAGGAGCAGUUUGAAGAAACCAAAACCGAAAGACGGCUUGGGCAUACAGAAUCCCGGGUUCAGCGGCACGUCGCCCACUCUGAACCGGAACGGUAGUACGAAAAAAGUUAGGAUACAAACUCAUAGUACUGAAGUGUAACGUGAGUGUGUUGAUAGGAACUAUAUACUGGCAUUGAAAUUUUUCCAAAGGUUUAUAGCAAUAUGGUGACCAUGUAUAUGAGACACUUUUUCUUGUUAUGUAAUUUUUUACUUUUUUAAAAAUUUGUGUCUUUACUGUAAUAAAAAAAUUAACGCACAUUCGAAAAAGUUUUCAAUGCACAAUUUUUUGUAAGUAUAAACUGCUUCUAGUCUAUUUUUGAAAUUAUUUACAUAUAUUUUUGUAUUGUAUUAUUAUUGUGUAAAACACAUUUUACAUAGUUAUUUUAUGUAAAUUAUAUUUUGUACAUACUAAUCCUUUUUAUAUAGAUUAUUAGGUACCUAUUAUUUUUUAACCAUUCCUUAUUGUGCUCCGUCCAUUAUUAUUUUUUUUGCGUCCGUAAACUGUUUUAUUGUAUUAUGGUAUAAGAUAAUGUUUAUUAAUAUUAUAGAUUUUUAAGUGUUGGUUUGUUUAUAAUGUGUCUGACACGUUUAUAUAUUUUAUCAAUGUAAUAAUUGCGUUCUGGGAACGAUAAAACAUUUUAAUAAAUUAUUUCCAUUGU